AGUCUAAGGCAUGGAAUUGGUAGGGUUUGUCACGAUGGCGGAAGAACCACAAUACGCCCUAAAACGCAAAUACGAAGACCAACCCACCGCCACUGACAUUCAACUCGAAGUCGCAAACGCUAAACAGAAAGCUCAAGAAGCCGCCGCUCGGCUCCUCAGUGUCACCGGCGGCGCUCCUCCACUUUCCUUCGAUCCUAAACGUUCCAAGUCCGAUAAUGGUGCUCCUCAAUCUGGCUUCGAUUCUUACGAUUUGAAGCCGCAAUAUUCAGCUGGUUCUUAUGGUGGUUCUAGUAAGAAGAUUGAGAUACCUAAUGGUAGGGUUGGGGUUCUUAUUGGGAAAGGAGGUGAGACUAUUAAGUAUCUUCAGUUGCAGUCUGGGGCUAAGAUUCAGGUUACUCGUGAUAUGGAUGCGGAUCCUAAUUCUACUACGAGGAUGGUUGAGCUUAUGGGUACUUCUGAUGCUGUUGCUUCUGCUGAGAAACUUAUCAAUGAAGUCCUUGCUGAGGCUGAAGCCGGGGCUUCUGCCGGUGGUGGUACUAGACGGAUGGCUGCACAAUCUGGGGGUGAUGAAUUUUCGAUGCAAAUCCCAAACAAUAAGGUCGGCCUUAUAAUUGGUAAAGGAGGAGAAACAAUUAAGAGUAUGCAAGCUUCUACUGGAGCACGGAUUCAGAUUACUUUUAAUGUUAAACACCAAUUGCGAAUGGAAGAUCGAAUUUGGAUCCAACUCCAAUCCGGCUCAGAAUUCCGGUGCGGUGGAUUUUUAGAGAAUCGCAGGUAUUAGCUUCUCUUCCUCUUG